AUGGCUGAGGCCCUGCUGGGCCUCACGCCCUCGUACGGAAGCGCGUCGAGGAACAGGCCGUCAAUUGCGCAGCCCGAUGACAUCCCCGCCCAGCUCCGUCGCGAACUCGAACGAAAGAAGACACCCACACGAUGCGAACAUGUCUCGGUCACAAUCGAAGUGCCGUCUACCCUCGAAUUCGCUCUUCGCGAUGGCGACGGCGAUGCGCAGGAGAAAAUCGACCCGGCGCUAAGCGGCCUCCGAACUCAGGUCGUCGAUGGCCAAACCGUCAAGAUCGUGCGCGCCUACGACACCAUCAUCAGCCAGCCCCACGACAACCCCGUGAUGCAGAGAGCUGUGGCGAAACAUAUUGUUGGGCUUCUUUCUGUGGUGGACGAGAGCACCUGGGCGGUGAGAGAGGUUUCGCGCGGGCAGUAUGGGUGGUCUUUUACCUACAACUGCAAGGACUCUCUCGGCACCUGGAACCGGCAAAAUCACAAGACGUCCAAUAAGACUAUCAUAGGAGAGUAUAGCCAGAAGGAGCUUGAGCCUAUAAUGAAAGCCCGACCAGCUUUCGACUGUCGCGGCACGCUCACCGUUGCGUUUUCGAAGAAUACUCGGACCAUCAACGUCAAGUACGAACACAUGCCUCUCCACAAGACUCUGGGCGAGAUGAUCGAGCACUUCAAACCCCUCCCUCCAGCAGCACCUCCACCACCUCUCAUUCCCGCUGGAGAAAAGUCCAAGAAGGCGAAAACUCCGCGAAAGCGAAAGAGCGAGGCCUUGAAUGAGGAUGGAACGCCUGUCCAGAAGCCAAAGAGGAAUAGGAAGAGCGAGGCCCUGAAUCCAGAUGGGACACCUGUGCAACCAAAGAAGAGGAAGAAGAAAUCGGAAGCUGAAAAGGACGCACAAGCGGCUGGCGAUGCCACCAACGGCGAGGCGACAGCCACUGUUCCGACCAAGGCGGACGCUGCUGUCCAAAGUGGUGUCCAUUCACAUGCAGUGCUGAAUGUGCCCCCAGGCGAGGCGGCUAGGCGCCGCGAAGUCGCCAUCAGACUCCUCAGCGACAGCGGCUUAGAUCCCGAGAGUCUUUCUACGGAACAAUUCGGUAUCUUUGCCAAUCAAUCUCCGGAUCUUCAAAAAGAGUCUCUUGCCAUGCUCGUAAAGUAUGGUGCUGAGCGACUCCGAAUCGUUCACCCCAACGAUGCUGCUGCGUCGUCAACCAGCGCGUCACCUACGCCUCAGCAACCAACAGCGCAAGCUGAUAUCACUACAGCCACGUUGGAAUCCCCAGCUUCAGGGAAGAAGAAGAAGCGGCCUCAAAAGUCGAAGGCGGCCGCAGAUGCCGAAGAAGUGGAGUUGAUCCCUGCACCGCCAGGCACGCCAAUGAAGUGGAUUUCGAGGGGAGGAUGUAUUGCUUGCAGAAGAGCAAAGGCCAAGUGCGAUCGCGCUAAACCUGAGUGCGCUUCCUGUGAAGAGCUGGGCGUGGAAUGCCAGUACCCUCUGAUCAACAAGAUGCCUGCGAAGAAGAAGGAAGAAAAGUCUGCAGCUAUAGUAGAGGACCAUGAUGAUGAUGAUGAUGACGACGACGACGCUGAGGCUGAAGUCGAAGCCGAGCCCGAGCCCGCAGAGCCUGAGAUGGAAGUUGAAGAACAAGAGCCAGACGACAUCGAGACUAUCGACUACACGUCAAACAUGCCGGUUGCUAACAUGCUCACCCCUGCUGCACAGCCUUCCAGUCAGGACUACUUCAAUGGUGGACCCAACGAACUGACUUAUACCCAUUCCGCCUCCAACGAUAUGAACAUGUCACACGGCGUCUCAUCAUACCCCGAGCCUUCUGCCACCGCAAAUUACACGGAGCAGCAGGCAGUCUCCACAAGCUUUUCACAACCGUCUCUUACCGGCACGGCAACAUACGCUCAACCGAGCACAGACGUGAACAGCUAUACAACCGCCAGCAAUGACAACACGUCGAGUCUGAGUUACUCUCAACCCGCGGCUAAGAGCCCUAGGGCGACGAGAACCUCUUCACGGCGCAGCUUGCCAUCUGGACCAGGACAGACACAGCAGCCCACGGCUGAAAGCCCUGUUCCGCUUCCCAGUUACGCACAAAACUGGCAAAGCAUUUCUCCUCCUAGGGCAGCGAGUACAAUUUCGCCUACCAUGAUGACCAAGCAGCACAGGCCGCGGAGCAAUGUCUCCAACUACAACAACUACACUCCGAAGUACUCUAGCCAGAGCAACAACUCGACUGAGUUGGAUACCACCAGACUUGCUUAUCAACCCUACGCGGCGCAAAACACCACUGCGACCACGUCUGCUUACCCUUCGUAUGAUUACGACAGAACCAAUGCCACUGCCUCACACACCUCCAGCGGUAAUGCGCGGUCCGGACAGUUGUACAACAACCAAUCGCAAUCGCGCAAUGCGCAAUCAUACAAUAAUACCAACACCACGGCGGCGGCGAACACUUACGCUCAACAGCCGUCGACGACUCAGCAGCAGUCAUCCUCUCUGCAGUCGUUUAACAUGCGAAAUUCAGCAGCGAGCAGCACUCAGCCAAGGUCGUCCUCGAGGAACACAAAUCAGCAGCCGCAACAAGCACAAUCGUAUGGAUCUUACGCAAAUCAGACCCAGCAGCAAUCAACCCAGCCUGACCAACACAACUGGUAUGAGUUCGGCUCGGGGUCUAACACUUCCUUCACGCCAGCCAACGUCUCUGGAGGCUAUGCCACGAGAGGUAACACUUCCUCCAAUUACGGGAGCGGGUCCAGCUCCUCCAAUCAAGCAUACCAGCAGCAGCAUGGCUCUCUUAACAUGUCGGGCCAUAGCUACUCUCCCGGCGACAAUGAGAUGUAUGAGCUGCUGAAAAAUUCUCUUCACGGCCCAGGCCGCUAA